AUGAACAUUUUAAAUCCACCAUCACUUGAAGAUAUUGAAAGGGUCAUAAAACAGCUACCAAAGAACAAAGCAGCAGGCCCAACAACCAAAAAAAUUCCAGAUAAAUGGAAGAUAUUAGAAGAAAAAAUAAGAAAUUUUAAUUUAUUGAAAGGUCACAACUUUGCAGCUGAAAAAUAUACAUCAACAAUAACACCAAUACAAAUUCUUAACAAUACCAUAGAACAUGUCAAUCAACAUAAAAUUACCUUCAUACAUUUUUUUCAAGACAUGUCAAAAGCUUUUGAUAAUGUAGACCAUCAAAGACUUAAAAUAGCAUUAAAAUGUAUUGAACAAGGUGAUCCACUCUCACCAAUUAUAUGGAAAAUAUUUUAUGACCCUAUUUUAGCACAUAUUACCAACAAUUAUGAAACAGACCUAUUAACAAUUAAAACAACUUCACUUGAACAAAUAAAUAUGCCAAAUAAUCACCAUAUUAAUUGGAACAAAUCAGGCCUGCUAAUCAUCAAUAAUAAGGAUACAUCAAUACUAGAUGAUAGCACAGUUAUCCAACAAAUGCCAAAAAGCAACACCAUCUGA